GCCCACCAAAGUUCUGCAGAGCUUUGGGCGUCCCUCUCCCUGCAGCCCAGGCGGGAGCCGGACGCGGCGGGAGAGCGGCCGCAGCCCCUCGGGGACUCGGCGGGACCGAGCCGAGCGAGCGGAGACCUCUCGGCCAUCGCCCUUCGCUGGUGACACAGCCCGUGGUGUCCUGGGGCCAGCGCUGACCUCGGACAUGUACAGUCCGUGCAAAAUGCAUCACUGAGCCUCGCUGCGUGUUCGGUGUUACACGGCAUGGGUUUAAAAUUUAUUUCUUCUGAUACUCCACAUCUCACCGAAGAGCACAGAGAGUAGGAGUGAAGCUUUCAGUGGAGCUGGAGGGAUACUUUCAGUAGAGCUGCUCUUCAUGUGUGCAGUCAUGUUUCUGAAGGUGGCCAGCAGGUCUUUGUAGCUCAAAGCAGAGUGAGCCAGGAUUGUGAUAGUGGCAGUCAAUGGGCUGUAAAACUGGUGUGCAGAACACGAGCCUUACUGGCCUUCGUCUUCAGCUUGGCAGGCUCCCACCGAAGCAGUGCUCUUGGGAACUGCCAUGCUAAAAUCCUUCAGGAAAAUAGGACAUGUUGCUGUUGGCAUCUCUUACGUGGUCAGGAAAGAUGAGCAGUGUCUCUGAGUGAACAUUACUAUUCAUAUGUUUUUAAUGAGGGCUGUAGGCCUUGCCCAUCCCUUGUGCAUGUCCUUCAGGCACAAGUGUUUGCCAUGAGCUGCCAGGCAAGGACCUGAGCCACCAUGGAGCCAGCACUUGGACAGGAGAGCCACUGUAGUACAACGUAUUGUGUUGUGUGAGGUUUUUUAGUUUGGUUUGGUGAUGAUGGUAAUGCUCUUCUGCAGCUCUGACUAAAGUGAUUCUGGCCACCUUCAUAGCCAUCUGCUUUUAAAGUCAGAUUUUCCUUAGUAUAAGUGAAAGGGGUUCUCUCAGUCCUCAAACAAAAGUAGAGCAUACAAAUUAGGAAUAAAAGCUGUAAGCCUUCUCUUCAACUUUGUUUUCAGCACAAUAGAUGCUUCAUGCUGCUCUCACAUGGGAACUGCACAUAUUAAGUGUGCUUGCCACAGACGUGGAGAAAGGUGAAUUGAUUUCCCAAAUUCAGAGAAGAGUAUGAGUACUGGGGCCAGUCCUGAGGGUUUCUUUGCUCCCAGCUGUAGAUGACACUAUUUUUUGCUUGCAUGACUUGUGUGUACAGGACUCAGUGAUCUAUCUGUGUCCACACCAGUGGCAUCUGCAAGGAAGUGUUCUGUGCACACCAGAGGCACUGAACUUGUUUAUCAAGAGCUCAGGUGGUGGCCUCUCACCUUUCUUUUUUUGUUGCUUGGAGUAUUACUAUAUACUAAGAACACUUUUUUUUUUUUUUUAAACACUUCUUUUUCUCCCUCAAGUGAGACUAAAUAGCCCUGGUCAGUGACUGAGGAAUUUGGUUUUCCUGAAUAAUUGUUUUGGGCCAGCUGAUGACUGGGGCAGCCAAAAGCUGCAUGUCCUGCUCCUGUUUUGUUUUUCUGUUGGUGCUAUCCAUGGCAAUAAGGGCUCCUGUGUGUCUCUGCAUGACGUCUCAGAGGGAUGCCAAUGCUUGUGAUUCUUCUUGCACAGCAAUGACUAACAUGGGAAAGGAACCUGAUCCACAGAAACCUAGCACCAGUGUUUCACAAACUGAUCUCACUAAUUUCUGAGUUUGUUUUUUAAGUAAAAUGGUAUGGUUUUCCAAAGGACAAUUUUAGUCUGACUUUUACAACUGUCUACCUGUUGACUGUGGUUUCAGUAUCUUGGGCUUGCUUGCAAAUGAAUUAACACAGAAUAUGAACUCCAUGAAGAGCCUGCAUGAAUCUCUCUGCUGUCCUGUGCUGUUCUGUCCUGCUCACUCUGCUUUGCAGAAUUGCAAUUGCAAUCCAUAGCAAUGGUGCAAUGGAAAAGGAAGCUGAAAAAAGUUUCUGGCUUGUUCCUUUAGAUCCUCUUUAAAAUGGGCUAUUGGGUGGGCCAGCUUUUUCUCUCCCAAGUUUUAUUCCAAUCCAUUUAUACUGGGGAAAAAGCAGGUUUGCUGCCAGGCAGCAUAUUUUCCAUCAGCACUUGUAAUUGUUGGGUGGCAGAGAGAGGUAGAGACUCUGGUUUCCAGGCUGGAGGGAGAAAACGUGGCCAGGGUGUGCAGUGGGCAGCAUUGUCAUGUGCCCAACCAUGAAUUCCAGGUUUUGCAGGGAUGUGGGCUCAGCUGUGUAAGCAAACCCUUCUGCCUGCUCACUCCUUGGGGCGGGCAGGGAGGCAGGUGGCCAACCUUCAAGCAGCUUGAGGAUGGAGAGCUGCCCUGGGGUGUAGCUGCAGCAGAACUCUGUUUUUAGCUUGUUUAUUCUUACACACACACACGUGGGCUAUGCAAAGCUGGCUGAGCCAACCUUGACCAGCAGCAAAACAAACAGGUUUUACUGCCAUGACCUGAAGGCCACAUCAGCUGCUGAGCUUCGCUGGAGCAGGGACAGCUUUCAUUUCUGUCAAGGAGAGGAGGCUCUCAUAUAGGGCUGGCUCAAAACAAACAUUGUGCUGGGCUGCUCAGACUUCCUCAUGGAAGCAGUGAUAACAAGGCUUAUGCAAGAAAAGGAGGUGAUUUGAGGUACCCAGCAUGGCUUGACUGAGGGUAAAUCAUGCCUGACCAAUCUGGUGGCCUUCUAUGAUGGAGUGACUGCACAGAAAAUAUCCAGACUUCUGUAAGACCUUUGACGUGAUUCCACAUGAUAUCCUCAUCUCCAAAUUGGGCUGCAUCCAAAGUAGCAUGGCCAUCAGGUCAGGGAGGGGAUUCUACCCCUCUACUCCACUCUACUGAUUCUCUGUGCACAGUGCUGCAUCCGUCUCUGGGUUUUUCAGCACAGGAAGAACAUGGAACUCUUGGAGCAAGUACAAAGGAUGAUCACAGUGCUGCAGCAUCUCUCCUAUCAAAACAGGCUGAGCGAGUUGUUCAGCCUGGAGGUUCUGGAGAGACAUCAUUUUGGCCUUCCAGACCUUGACGAACCCAUAAAGCUUAGUCAAGGUCUCUCCAACAUGAGAUAUACAAAGUUGAGGGAGACCCUAACAAAAACUCUCUCUUUUGAGAUUAAAAAAUUAUCUUAACAAGUGAAUUGUAUGCCCCAUAGAAGCAGUUCCUGCCCAGCAUUUAAGAGCUCCUUUCCUCCAAGCAGACACACCUGCUCUACCUCACUGGCCCUGAGCCACCAGGAGACCAGACAUUGCAGGCCCUGAGGGUUUACAAAUAUCCACUGGGAUAUUACAGUGCAGAUCCAGACCUUUGGGGCUUGGGAUGUCUUUCUCCUGUGCUGCUGCUGGUGGUGUUGUGGCACACCGGUUGAGCAGAGGCACCAGCAGCCCUGCAAGAUGGGAGGGCUGGACAGAGCCCAUUUGCCCAAUUUGGCCUCACAGUGGAAGAUGGAAACAGAGAAGUGAAACUGUACACACUGUCUGGUCAAAGCAGGUACGUGGGAGGAACUGAAGGAGUUCAAGAGAGCAAGGAUGCGUCAAGCUAAUGCCCUUAAAAUGGGCUUCAGGCUCAGCUCAGCCCACACUGAUCGUUUCACCAGGCUUUGGACAAGGACAGUGGGAAAGUUUCAAGUGGUGGUAGCUUGAAAUGAGGGAGGUGCAUUCCUCCUCCCCAGCCCAUUUGUGUACAGCUGGGGAAGAAAAAUGUCUCUGUUGUCUGCCUGCAACCAGCUUGUUUGGUCUUCUCCUCCUCCUGGUUGUUUCCUGUUGCAUACAAAAUUUCUUCACUUCUCUAUCCUAAAAUAUUGUAGUUUAUCUUUUGCGGUUCUGUGUUUCACAUCUUCCUGUGCUCUUAGCCUUGCUUCCUGCCUCUUCUGUUUUCUGUUUCUCCAUUAGCUCUGUAAACCCAACUCCCCGAGCAAGUAUUUCUACCUUACAAGCUGCUUACAGAAUCUAGAUGCCUUUUCUAGACAAACCAAUCCCAGACAAAACUGUCCCAGCCCUUGCACUUAUGCAGCUGCUCGUCUGACCCUAAUCCAUUUUAAAGGAGAGUGCUGGUGGGUGAGGAUGGAGUCAGAGGAGAGAAGUCCUUGCUUGCCGACACCCAUGGGAGAAGCAGCAUUUUAACUCUUCCCUGAUCACUUCAAACGGAUUAUUCCUGCUCUCUUGAGCUUUUAUGAUCAUUUUAUUAGGUAAGGGGGUGAGUUAAUCUCUCUUUUAAUCAAUCCAUAAUUUAGAUAACUGCAUUAUGUACCCAUCUUCUGCCUGCACUUCCUCAUUCAUUCGCUGUGCUUUGCAGACUUCCUGGCUGUGCUUCAGUGGCGGGUGACUGAACUGAGUCUUCUCUGCAUCACGGUGAUUGUAGUAAUGUGAAGUUUAAUGAGCACCUGCAAAGCUGUGUAGCAGGGAAGGAACUGCCAUGCCUGUGGGACUCUUCCGGGUGUGCCUACUGGUGAUCACAGCUAUUGUCAACCACCCGCUCUUCUUCCCUAAGGAGAAUGGCACGGUCCCUGAGAACACAGAGGAAAUCGUCCAGAAGAUGAAGGAGCGGGAGGAGAGCCUGCGGCUGGAGCAGCUGCGCUUGGAGCAGGAAAUCGCAGACCAGGAAGCCACACAGAAGGCUCUGGAGGAGGCUGCAGUGGUAGUGGAGGAAAGCAAAGAGGGAAGGGUCCGAUGGGAUAUGUGGACUGCCCUCUCCAUGGUCAUCUUCCUGCUGAUCGAGCUCUGGAGGCAGGAUUUCCAGGAAGGGAAUUGGCAGGAUGUAGGAGGAGAAGAGGAUGACAUGGCAGUGCUGGGGAAAGCAUUUAAAGGAGUGGCCUUGCCCGACAAGGCUGUCCUGGCCAGCUUCUAUGAGAAGCGUAUCCUGGGUACCACCGGAGACAUGGCCAGGAUGCGGGAGAUGGUGGAAGGCUUUGCAGAUGACCUGCUGGAGGCCUUGAGGAGCGUCUGUAACCGGGAUGCUGACAUGGAAGUGGAGGAUUGCAUGGGUGUGGGGAGCAUGUAUGAGAACUGGAGAGUGCGCAAACCCUUCGUCUGUGAUCUGAUAGUGCCUUUUGCUCCCCCAGAGCCUUACUGCUUUCGCUGCCAGACCUGGUGCUCUGGUGACUCUUUUCCCCCAGAUGAACAAGGUUAUGGCACUAUCAAGGUGUGCAGGGCAGAUGAGGAUGUGACAGGUUGCAUCUGUGACAAGACAAAACUAGGGGAAGAUAUGCUGUGCCUCCUCCAUAGCCAGGUCAGUAGUACCAAGCCCAGCAGUGAGAUGGAAGACCUCCUGUGCUUCAAAAAUACUCAAUAUCUGGAUGCUGACCAAGUCAUGAAGUGGUUCCAGAUUGCUGUCACCAAGGCCUGGAACAGAAUCUCCCACAAAUAUGAAUUUGACCUUUCCUUCAGCCUCCUGGACUCGCCAGGAGCCCUGAAGAUAAAAUUUAAAUCGGGGAAAUCGAUUGCCUUCAACCUCACCCCUGUGGUGCAGUAUGAGAACUCUGACGUUUACUUCAUCUCCCACUUCCCUCGGAGCAGCCUGGCAGCAGAUGUUCCCUCCAGCACCCACUGGUUUCUCACCUUUGCAGUGUAUGAGAGGAGGUUCAUCCAGCUGGUCUCCAAAACACUGCCUGCCAAUGCCUGCCACGUCAGCUGCCUUCAGAUCCUCUCCUUCCUCCAUGGGAAGCAGUGCAGCCUCACGGGUCCCAGUGGGCUCACCAACUACCACCUGAAAACAGUGCUGCUGCAUCUCCUGCAGGCACGUCCCAGCCAGGACUGGGCCCCAGAAAAGCUGGAGGCCCGCCUACAGGACAUGCUGAAAUUACUAGAGAAAUGUUUGCAUGAAAAGAAGCUUUAUCACUUCUUUAUUGGCAAUGGGAAGGUACCAGCAGAGCUGGGUUUUCCCAUCAUAUUUCAGAGGGCUGAGCCUCUCAACCUUUUCCGGCCCUUUGUGCUGCGCAGGGACAUUUACAGGAAGACGGUGGACACGUUCCACGAGAUGCUCAGGAACAUGUCUGCACUGAUAAAUGAGUACACAGUGCACAUUCCCCUUGCACACACCAAUGGGAUCCGUAAGGAACCCCUUUAACCAAAGCCUAACUCUAAGCACAAGUCCAGAGGGCAGCUUUCUGAAGCCUCCUGGAGACAACUGACUUUGCCAGUAGAGCUUCUUGUCUGGAGCUGAACCAGUCCUGGGCCAUGGUUCCUGCUGAAAGGAAGAGGCUUGGGGGGGAGAAUAGGGAGAAACUGGAAGAUGUGGUGGUGAAGUAGGUUUCUGUUCCACUGCUGUGCUUGGUUUUAUGCAGCUAAGAAUAUAUUUUUUCUAUUGUGCCUCAGUCAUGCUACAGCAGUGGUGAGCAAUAAAUAUAAGUAAUUUA